AUGGCGACUGUUCAGCGGUUUGUCCUAGGGUUGGUGGCGGUGUUGGUGUGUAUUGUGUCCGCACAGGCCUACGUCAUACGGGACCGUGGCGAUGUAAACGAGAUGGCGACCAGCAGAGCUGAUGGAUCUGACAUGAUGACUCUCGCAGAAAUGAUGACGGCAAAGGAGGAGGCAGAGGUUGACGGAAUGUUUCCUGAUCAGAUGAGGGACGAUCUCAAACUGGAACUCAUCUUGAAAGCGCUAGAAAUACUCAAGGAUUAUGAAGGGGAGUCGGUGCCUACGUCAGUCACAAAGUGGUUACCAAGCUAUGACGUCAUGCCAGAGGAGCUCAAACUGCGACUCAUUCUCAAGGCUAUCAUUAUACUUAAAGAUAGGCCACUGAACGCCACAUUUGCCGGCCACAGCGUCGGUUGUUUGGAACUCACGCUGAUCCUAAAGGGCCUCUUGAUUGUAGAGGAAAGCAAGACUGACUUCAGCCUGGCCGUUGAUAAGGGAGAUCUCAAGCUGGCACUCAUUCUGACUGGCAUCGACGUUCUGGAGGUCUUCGAUGGAGAAUGCAAAGACACCGUAUUUUUCACCAACUCCAAGAAAGAGCUGAAACUCGCUCUGAUCCUGAAAGCCAUCGCGCUCCUCAAGCAAGGCAACUGGCCCAUCGACAUCGACGACCUCUGGCCAAUGGAAGGUGAGGAUGGUGACACUGGGUCAGAGGGCACCCAAUCAGAAGCCAGCACUCAUGAGGCGACGACUACAAGUGAGCAGUCCACAGUCAGUGAGGCUGCUACAGAAGUGGUUACAGAUGAAGCUAAAACUACCGUGACGGUUGAGGCAACAUCAGAGCGGACAGAAGGAGGAACAAGCAACCAACCAGAAGCCAGCACUCACGAGGCGACGACUACCAACGAGCAGUCCACAGUCACCGAGGCUGCUACCCAAGUGGCUACAGAUGAAGCCAAAACGACGGUUGAAGCAACAUCAGAGCGGGCAGCAGGGGAGACAACUGCCGUUGAAACGAGCUCAGAGCCGGCGGAGGUGACCGAGCCUGCCGUGGUACCAGACCGCGGGGACGUACCGGACCACAAGAAGCACUGGCUGCACCAAGCGGUUGGGAAGGUCUUCAAAUUCUUCACUUGGCUGCCCAGAGCCAUCAUCAGGAAGAAGCUUCACAUUUCCCACUAAAAUCCCUUCUCAUUCAGAUCUCAUGAGGUAGUUGUUAGCAAUGAAACGUAGCUAUCAUUAUGUACUUAGUAUUUAUUUUAUAAUAAAACAUUGGGUUAGUAAGUUCUUAAACUUGAAAUAUUUAAACCAGGUUAAUGUGAGUACUACCAUAUUAAGUUGAUAUUCUUUUCCUCAAAAGUGGGUUUAAGCGUAGAAUUUUUCAUACAAUUAAAACAAAAUCUGUGAAUUGAGCAAAACUAGUAAGCACAUAA